GUUUAUAAAAAAAGUGACACCAGGGUGUGUAUCAGUGUGAACAACAGAACAGAAGAUUCUCUGAGAGUAUUAACAUCAUAUAAUUUACCAUCACAUCGAUUUUAUUUUCACAUUUUCUUUAUCCUGAUAUAAAGGUUAAAAAAACAUGAAAUGCCAUUUAACAAUAAUGUUUGAAAUAACAAGCAGCCAAGCGAUGAUUCACUCCCAGACUCUUUUCACGGCAUGGGUUUGACAUAAUUAUAGCAUGUAUUGUUACACCUUUAGUUAAAUAAUCCAUUUACCUGCUCUGUGUUUUACACUUGAACUGGACUGACAACUCUCCACAUCUGCUACCUGUAGACACAGGUUAUAAACACCACAAUGGACUGGAGGGUUAUUCUGGCUAUUUUGUGUCUGAUUGCCACAAGUUCUGCAGACAAUUCUACAAGUAAUUCAAAUUCAACAAACACUUCUGCAGUAGCUGCAACAUUCAACUUGGUCUUUAGCAUCAAUGAAACCUUUGUUGAAGAAAUGGCCAAUACCAGCUCUCCACAGUUCACAGCAAAAGCUACAACGAUCCGCAAUCAGCUUGAACCAAUUUACAGACAAACCUUCACAAACUUCAUCCAGAUGGUCAUUCUUGAAUUCAGGAAUGGUUCGAUUGUGACAAAUUCCACUCUUGAAUUUACUGCCAAUGGCACCAUCCCAACUAACUCCACAGUACAAGACGCCCUUGUUAAUGCGACUAGCACCAACUCAAGCUUGAACAUUAUUCCAAAUUCUAUAAAUGUCACCCAGGUUCCUGGCCUGUGA